AUGUAUUUUUCUUCAUACAUCUUAGACAGAUCAAAUUCUUUUCAUUUAUUAGUUGAAAUAAAGGAGGAUUUGAAAAAAUCAUUUGAAAAUAUUAGAAUUAGAAAUAAUUAUAUCGACAUAACAGUUAUGUUAACUCAGUCUUCUUUUCUCCUGAUGGCAAGUUGUUCGCAUCUUAUUAUUAUAAUAACUCUAUCCGUUUAUGGGAAAAAGCCAAAUUAGAUGGUGGUCAUAUUGAUGGAAAAUCACUCUGUUUAGGAAAAGAAUUUCAAUUUUCAGAAUAAAAUUUUAAAGAGACAGGAUAAUCCAACAUUCCAAAAGGGUAAUUACUUCUGUAUUUAUUACUUAGCUGUCUAAUCUUUUAAGGAGAAUUUGUAGAUUAUAAGGGAUUCAGUUUGCGAUUUUUUUAAGUCUGUAGGCAGUUUGUUGUUAGAAUCCAUUAAAUUAGAAAAAAAAUUGAAAAAUAUAUUAAAAAGCCAUUUAAAGAAAUAAUGUCAAUUUUAUUCAUUUGUUAUCGAUUGCAUAUUUCUUUCAUUAACUGUCCCCUUUAUUCGUAAAUUUAUUGUUUUGUGA